GACGGCCCUCCUCCAGCACCAGAGGUUGGACCGGGGACGGCCACUCUGGGAGGAGGUGAAGGGUCACUCCGGCAGGUGGAAAUGGUGGAAGCUGCAGGAAGCUGAUGGGAUCACAGCCCAGGGCAAGCCGCGUUUCUCAGGGCAAGACUCCAGAGUGUUGAGUCAUGCAGGAUGGUGAAUGUUUAAAAUAGAAGGCUUGUCAUGGCAACAUGGGUGGAGGGGAAACCUAUCCCACCCCAAAAGAAUACUUUGAGCGACGUGAAUAAUAUUGUCAGUGAAACAAAGACUCCCUGGUCUCAUGUAAGCCCUCUUUCAGAUGCAAGCAAUAAAGCCCUUGAAUCAACAACUCCAACUUCUCAUAUAUUUGAUGAUGGCAAACUGAAUUAUAACUUGGGUUCAGUAACCAAGACUCUAAUAGCACCAAAACCAAGAGUUUCUCCAAGACCAUUUUCUGCAGAAAAGUCUUCUGUGCCAUUCUCAUCACUUGGGAUCACACAAGCACCAGAGCCCAAGAGUGCAACUCCAUCAGGGAAGCUGCCAAUAGCCACAGGUGAUGAGGAAGCAAACUUCAGGCGCACAGAGGCCACGCAAGCACCAACCGGGGCUGCUUCGUCAGUAUUGUCUUCUGCUCCAAGUUCUUCAUUAGGAUCGGACGGUAUCAGUUCAAUUGGGACGGGUGAUUCUCAGGAUGAUGCAAACGUGAUUAAUUUGCCUUCAACACCAAAACUUUACAAUGUUGCAGCUUCCUCUUCAAAUGCAGUCUUGAGUUUGGAAAGAAUGACAGAAGAGGAGAGAGACUGUUCCAAAGCAAAACCAACUACAUUGGUUAUUUUGGAAACUUCUACACAGACAUUAAAAUCUAAGAAGUCCAGUGAAGAGGAUCAAAAAGCAGGGAAAUGGACAAGCAGGGAUAGUUCGCAGGAUCAAGAGAUGCAAAGGACCACAAGACCUUUUACGUUGCCUAAACCAUCCAUUCAGUUGAGGAAGUGCAGCCCAAGUGCCACUGAAGGGAUUGGGACAUCAAAUCCUACAUUGCUUUCUUUGGAUCCUUUAGGAAAGUGGGAUCUCACUGCAGAAGAAGACAAAGACAAAACAGAUAAGGAAAAGGAUGUUGUUGAGACCCCACUUUCUCGCAGGACCUAUGUAAGGAAAUCCAGACCAUUAUCUGCUUGGCUUUCUGGAGCUACAAAUGACCAGAAAUCAGAAACCACUGUAAAACAUGAUGAAAAUGCUCCUACUCCUGAAAAACCUUGGCUUAAAAAACCCAGGCCUUUGUCAAUGGACCUAACAGCCAGAUUUGAACCAGCAAGGUCCACAGUUUACAAGAGAAAUAGUUGCCUAUCAGAGGAGAGCAAAGAAAAUGUCCCCAUUUUACAAGCAGCUGGUGCUUUGUUCUCAGGGACUGAACACAAGACACCAGUUCAACCAGAAGAGUCAGCAGCAGAAAGAGAGCAAUCCAGGUCUCCAAAUUCUCCCGAUGACUGUGAAAACAGGGGAAGCGGUUACUUUGUUGUUAAAGAAAUGUUUAAUAGCAUUCCAAAGACAGAUGUCAGUAAAAAAGAUGUCAAUACUGUUAGAUUGUAUGAGACAGAUAAUAAAGAAGAAACUAGUUCAUCAGAAAGCAAGAUACUGUGGCAAAAUGAUUAUAAUAAUACCAGUAAAACCAUUGCAGGACCCAGAAAGGAGGAAAAGGAAGAAAGAACGUUCACUACCUCAUUAAAAAAUAAAAAGGAGAAAUCGGAAAGUGACCAGGAUCAACAUAAAAAUUUGACAGACAGGGAAUUGGAUAAAAAUUGUUCUAAUCUGGAGCCAGCAUCAAACGAUGAAAAUUCCUGUUUGGGUUUGGAUGAACGAGGACGAAAAGGAAGCAGAACGCCGGUUUCUGGUGGGAUAAUUAGGAGACGCAUCAGCCUCCUUUUAGAUUCUGCCAGUAUCAGCACAGCAAAGGCAGACAGUCCACAGACAACUGUUGAGAAGGAAAAGAUAAACAUACGUGUUAAGCAGCAAAUCCAAAGCUUUACUUCAGAGAACAAAGAACAAAUCCAGAGUUCCCAAAGGCGACUUUUUCAGCCGAGACCUCUGUCUUCAGAUAUAACAAAACUGUUUGAGACUCGAGGAGUUGGUGAUGAAGGUCGCUUUGAGAAGCAGGUGGAUAUGACUGUCUUUUCAUCUCCGGAACGCUCAAAUUUGCAGAACACUCAAGAACAGAGAGGGAGGGAGAGCCUGGCAAAAGGAAAAGAAGUUGAAAGAGACCCGGCAGAAAAAGGCCGAUUGCACCUGAUGGAGGCUGACACCGAAUUUAGUUGGAGCAGGCAUAGAUCAAUGAAGAAAGUGAGCAAAGGUUUGGAUAAAGGGACCACAGAUGAGAAGACCUGCUCUGAGAAAAUUAGCAGGCGAAACAGUUUUGCAAGGAAGAAGGAGAUGAAGGCCCAAGUAAAUGAGACCAUUGCACCUGAUAGUGUUGCCUCAUUGAGCAAAACCGGUUCCCAAAGUUCAGAUGGGCAGAAAAGUGUCUCUGAACCACUGGACUCUGACUCACUUGUAAAAUCUCUAAGAGUAUUUGUAAUUGAAAAUGAGAUCCAACGCCAUAAGGUACCAGAUUUAGUUGAGUUGAAUGGUUCCUCUGACUCAGUAAAUCCCUGCUUUGAUAAAGAGAAAAGGCCAGAACAAAAUUCACAGUACAGAUUGAAGAGUUACACAGCAAUGAAAGCAGCAGUUGACGUAAUGUAUAGUGAACAAGAGACCAAGAAAACAAAAUCUCUGCAGCUUGAAACUACCUCUUUAGAGGGGAAAGAAAAGACUUGCUUUGAAACAGAGGAACGAUCUGAUUCCGGGCGUUCUUCCUCAAAGAUUGUGGAACAAAAUGUUUCCAGUUUGCUGUUAUCUGCAAGUGAUGGUGAAGUUGAUAUCUUGCAAAAAGUAAGUGAAAAAACAGCUAGUUCCUCACUUCCUGCAACAUCUGAAGACAAGGUUGAGACACAGAGCAUGAGGAAGUCACAUAUUAUGGCUGAUCAAGUAAAACUUGAAGAAAAAGUUUGCAGUUUAAGGAGACGCUGGAAUCAGCCACAUCCAACUGAGAUCAUCUCUUCAUUAGAGACACCCUCAACUGCACCAAAUUCUAAAAUCAAAGGAGUUGAGAUGCUGAAGGCUGUUCAAAUUCAGCAAUCUCAUGAAAAGGUGCUAAACUCAGCAAUACUGGGCUCAGAUAUAGUUGAAAAGAAACAGGUGAAAGUGACUCGGCAUAGUUCUUUCAGUAACUCAGACGCAGUUGGUUCAAAAGGCAGCUCCCGAUAUUUUGACUUGAGAAAAUAUGAUGAUUCAGCCACUCGGGAGCUGCUGCCCUCUGCUGGAUCCAAGGAUGUGAAAGAUCCAAAGAGUAAGGAUGAUGCUGAGGCAGGGAAGGAAAGUAAACAUUGGUUUGAAGAUGACACGGCUUUAGAGUUCUGUUGGAAGGCAAUUCCAAAGGCAGGAUGGAAUGAGAAAAGCAAGGUGGUUUCUUCAGGAGCCAACUCUGCAGCUGAUCAAGUGUCUGAUUCUUCAACUGACGCUAGCUACCAAAAACACAGAUACGUUUCAGCUGAUAGAAAGUUGGACGGUCUCUUUGAAGAGUAUUCCAAAGGUUAUUCCAAAAUUUCCACCACAGAAAAGCCCAAAUCAACUUUGUUGUCUGAAGAGUUUCUUUCCAGGCCGUGGUCAAGUAGAAUGGAUAAUGCAGAGGAAACCCAUGCAACACCAACGGUGAAAAAAUCUAAAAUGGCAGAUAUUGAGAAGUCAAGAAAGACCAGGAGCAGUUUGCAACGUAAAAGCCACAGUGUAUUAGACCUUGAUGUUUUGAUGGCAGAAUACAGAAAAGAAAGUUCAGAAAGAAAAAUUGAUAAAGAGUCAAAGAUUUUUCAUUAUGACAAUAAAAAGGAUAACCAUCUUUCCAAAACUCUUCAAAAAGAUUAUGAAGAACACAGAACCCCAAAGUUGACAAAAUCUGCCGAUACAGAACUUGGAAAAUCAUCCCCUUCAGGUAAAAGGAAAGGUACUUCUGAUAAGCAUAAUAAAAAGGCUUUGCAUCACAAUAUCCUUGACCUAGAUGCUUUGAUGGCUGAUUACUCAAAAGAACCAUCAAGACCUGCAGAUAUUCUCCAAAAGACAUCUGGUUCAAAACCAAUCAGUGGCAUAUUUCCUGGUGUGAAAAUUGAAAACCCCUUAUCACCUUUUUCUGAAGAAGUGAAGACCUCUUGGAGAAAUGAUCAAAUCAAGAAAUGUCAUGAUGCAGAAUUUAAAAGAGAUGUUUAUGAUGGUACAUGCACUGAUUUGAAAAGACGCUCCAAAGAAGAGAAGAAAAGCAGACCAUCCUCAGUCUACAAUGAAUAUGAGGAGUUGAGAAAGAAUGAGGUUUGUUCAACUAGCCAGAAGUCAGAGGGUGAAAGAAGCAGAGAAAUGGAUGGUGACACCAGCUCGGUGGCCAAUGUAAUCAGACGGCACAAGCAUGAAAAAAGGAAAAGCCGACCAUCUUCAGCCUAUACAGGGUACAGUGAAUUGCAAUGGUCUGAGCUUCUUGCAGAUGGACAAAAAACUGAUGCUGGCAGAGACAGAGGAAAAUCUAGAAAGGAUGAUCAGAGGGAGCUAAUGCCAAGCCACAGGAAGGACUGGAGUGAAGAGGCAAGAUUUGUAACUCCUGUGGAGAUGGACUGUUCAAACCGAACACUGGAAGGUCAUUACAUGGAUGCUAAAACCAGCAUCUUGGAUGACUUGGCCAGUUCAAGGAGGCCUCUUUAUGGUUCUUCAUAUGUUGUAUUGGAGAAAGAAAAGUAUAUUGAGAUGUCAGUUGAUGAUGUACAACAUGUAAAAGUGGAAAGCAGACCAAUAGGCCGUGGAGAGCAUUCUGGCCAGAAUUCUCCUCGAAUAGCAAGGGAUCAUCCUAAAGAGCCACAACAUUCUCUUUCAGAGGUUAAGAAGUCAAGGCCUUUUGAAAUUCACAAGAAGACACAAAAAGCGGUUGAUGGGCUUUUAAUGAACCAGGAAGGCACAUCAGCAGACCACAAGAAUCAUGGAGGAAGAAGGAGCUACUCAACUGACAGAGUUCAAAGCCGGGGCACAGAGAUUUCAAAGCAUGGAUUGUCGUCGAUAGUGGAUGUUAAGAAGGAUUCCCAACCUGUGGAAAAGGGACAGAAUGUGGAUUUCCAAAAGAGCACAAGGUGGAAAAUUGGGGAUAUGAUUCAGUUGCCUUUAAAGGCCAAGAAACAAGAUGAGAAGAAAACCUACUCCAGACGUGAAGUACAGCAGGGGAACUGUCAAGUCCACAAAGCAGACAGGGUGAAGCAGUGCUGCGUAAGCCCUACUCUAAAGGCAAAGGACACUGAUGCCCUCGUGCAGGAGAAAGACCAGUUUUGCACAUGUGAAGACAAAGAACAAUAUGGCACCUAUGAGGAGAGAGAGUACAGCACAAGUGAGGAGGCCGAACCAUACAGCAAAUACAAUGACCCAAAAGACUAUGAAGACACAAUCUGUAGAGCAGUGUCACCCUGCAAGGACCGUACUGCCGAUCCAGUUGUUUGCCCAAGGGGCAUGUCAUUGUCCUCGCACUCAGGGGUGACCCCUGCCGGCGAGCAGCCAUGCUCUUUCCAGGAACCAAGAUCUACAAGCCACGGCCUUUCAAGUUGUGAACUGGAGUCGACAGAUGACACGGAUAGUUCGCAGUCCACUGGCCCGGUUGCUCAAGAUGACCAAACUCCCCAGGGAUUCUCAUUUCUGGAGCCUGUAACCACACUGGACAGUUGUGCCCAGAAAAGUCGGAUCCAGCUCGGCAGGAAAACCUUUCGUCGGGCACCAACAAAGCACAGGAAGGGGGGCUUGGGAGACCAGAGUGAUGGCACAGACCAGUUGCUUGAAAGAAAUAUGGAACCCUACAUGUACAAAGAUUCAACAGCAGAACCCAGGCUAUUUGAACAUGAAGAAUCGACCACACAGGAGGUCAAAGGAUGUGAGAAACUUCCAGUGUCAUCAUGUCAAAAAGUUGCAAUGUUUCCUGGGAUGGACCCUGCAGUACUGAAGGCCAGUCUACGGAGAUCUCGACCAGAGGUUGAAGUUGCGGAUGAAUUGAAUUCCAAAUCUUGCAAGCUUCCUCCCCAGCAAGGUUUCAGAGUUCUGCCACCGGCAACUGGCAAAGGGGAAGGGUCCGAUGUAGCAAUUCCUUCAUGGUUACAGGAACUAAAAUCAAAGAAAAGAUUGAGUCAGUUUCAGCCUUCUGAGACCAAUGAAUGAAUAACACUCAACAGAAAAAUGAGUCCGAUUCAAGCCUUAACUGUCCACCAACUUAAAAAGAGAAAAAACUUGUGCUGCUCUCGUUGCUUCCUGCCUCGCUACCUGCAUGGUGCCUUCCCAUAGUACUUUGUGAAUAGGCUGCUUAAAGUUCAUACAUGAAUCAGAAUAAUGCUCUAUUUUGUCAGAUACUAGGGUUCAUUGCCUGGAACUCUUAAGAAAUGUCACUUUAAAACAAAUGAUAAAUAAAAAACAAACAAUCUAAUGACUGUGAUUGAGCUAGGUGCUCUCCACAGUGCUUCAGUUGUACAAGGGGUAGUAUUUGUGGAAGUUGGGAAUUGGAGAGAAUGUGACCCAGGAAGUUCUGGUGCAUAUGGUCACUCUUACCAGUUUGGAAGGACAACUACUCCAGAAAAUUCUUGAAUAGUGCUCUAAUGCAAAGAGCAGAUGAGCCAAACUCAUUGGAAUGGAAUUCACCACCACCUGACCAGGACUAUCUUAAUGGUUUAUGCUGUUUGAGAACUGCUGAAGCUUUGGUGCUAGUGUUAACAAGACAAAAACAAGGUUCUAAAAAUCAAUUCCUUGCUUAAACUUGUCUGCAUCACCUUUAUUAGUGAUCCAAUGAACUCCAUUCACUGUAUAUUUUUAUAUCAUUUGUGCCCAUUGGAUGACUUGUAUGUAGCAUUAUAUUUGUGUAUCGGGGAAGUAAGUAUUAAACCAACAAUCACCAUCCCCUCCCACCUUGGAAUUGAUUUUUACAACUUUGGCUUUAUUCACUCCUCCUGAACUCUUGUAAGAACUAGACAGUGUGUGUGUUUUCUGUUUUCAUGAAAUGUAAAGAUAAGAUGAAAAUGUUUACCACCAUGACAGGAAUGUAAGUGUGACUGACUGGUAAUGUCACAAAUUGUUUGGUUAGAUGUAGAACAAUUUUUACAAGAUUCUUAUGUCCUUGGCAAAACCCAUUUUUGACUCUGAUUUAAGCACUCAUCUAUGUUAAUGAAUUAUUGAAAUAUCUGCCAACCUGCCAGGUAGGCAAAUGCCUUGUUCAAGGAUUGAGCUUUUGUUCAAUAUAUAGUGAAUUAUUACUUAUUUUUAUUAUUUCUUUCCUUCAGAUGCAGGAAAAAAAGCAAUAACCUGUUAAAACAGUAACUGUUUGCAAAAAGCAAUGUAAAUAUUUGUUGGUUUUGUGUUGCCUUUGUAAACAAGUAGUAAAAGUGGGGCAAGAAAACAAAUGAGGCUUCAUACCCAACAGUGUGGCUGAUGGUGGUUGUAGCCCCUUGCCCGCGCUUCCCACAGUAAACAACGAAUACCUUCAAGGCAUUAGGUUAAUAUCUGAGUACCAGAGAUAGUAGGUAAUGACUCAAAAAUUCCACAAGUCUUCAUUGGAAUUAUUGUACUGCAGACCUUAGCAACUUCCACCUUUCGACCUGGUCGCAAUAUUGGCAAAAGUUACGGAGUAAGUUACCUGUUUGCCCCUACUCUCAGCCAUUAUUGCAUACAUCAUCAUCUUCUCUUAAAAAAACGUAAAAUUUAAGAUUAAGGUAGGUAAACUGCUAGAAUGAUCAGGUAUUAAAUACAGGCCUAGGGAUAAUGGUUCCAUAACAUUACUAUAUUAUCAUGGAAAACAGAAGGGAGGAGGAACAGAACAUGUCUUGGGUGCAGUCUGCAACUGCUGUCUUUGUCCACUGCCUUUUCUUUACCUGUGGGUUUGCAACAUGCCACAAUAUUUAUUGGAUUCUACAGUUAAGUACAUAUUUAACAGGUAUGAGGGAUUCCCUUUUAGUCCACUUCACGUUAGAUAUUAGAAAGAAUUUUUGUGAUUAAUAAAUUUUUGGCAAAAAGGAAGUUGUUGAUCCAGUGUAAAAGUGGUACCGGACUGCUGGAAUAUGCUUCCAGUUAAUUGAGGCAAACUGUAAGCAGCCCUUACCUUAACUGGUCUGAGCUGCCAUAGGUCUUGUGCCAAGUGUUUACAUUCCCACUCUUCUCAAAGGAAUCUCUGGUUACUCCUGUAUCUAAUCUAUGGUUGAGAUCUGGGUUUUGUUUCUCAAUGUUCAGAGAAUGCACUGAAAUGAGACUGAACUCCUUAGAGGAAGUCUGGAUGUUGUAUAUUUUUUAUGGUGAAACAUUCAGAAUAAAGCUUUACAGACUGUGAUUUGCUGUAGUUUUAGACAGUUUCUGGUUCUUUAACCAUCCAAACUUUUAGCCCUUUGAAGAGAGCAAACCAGGAGAUGAAAUCUAACAAAUAAAGAAAGCCAACUUGGUAAACAUUUCUGAUCCUUAGCAACCUGACUAGAUAUUAAAAACCAUUGAUUUUAUUUUUAUCAUCAGAUAGAGGUCCUGCUUGUCAUUUGGUUAGAAUGGAACCCUUAAAAACAAAUGAUGGAAUUGUCUCAUUGCAGUUUGUCAGUCCUUACCCAAAAUAUUCCACUGAAUUGUAAGGACUUUGAAAUGUUGCCUACUGGUCCCAGGAUCUAUCGUGCUAACUAGGCAUGCAUGCAUUUCUUCCUCUUUAAAUUAUUAUGCUUCUAACUUUAUUUCAUUACUGAGUGAUGUGGAAUGCAACACAAAUUGAUUAGCUGAGACACUGCGCAGAAAGUGUCUUGAUUUUCUAAACUGUAAAGAGCUUUAUAUAUGUAACAAUUUGAAGCAUUUCCUGUACAGUUUUGAUUUCCAUCAGUUCAGAAGGUAAUAGUUCCUUUGUAGAUUGGCAUUCUGUAACUCAACAGCCUCUCUAAAUCUUUAUUCUGAAUGUAAGUUUAUGAGAAUUAUAACAAAGUAUAUGGUAUUUUAUAUUUUGAAAGAAUGAUAAUGGUGAAUGCGAUAUUUGUAAUUACUAAAGUUUCUUUUUUUUUGUAUUUUAGUUUUACAAUCUGAUCAAUUCAUGGUGUAUAAAUGAGUCCUUUGUUAUGUUUAAUAAGUGUAGAGUUCCUUUAAUCACACCAGCAAACCUUUCUCUGUUUUAACACAUUCUACUCUUCAGUGUUAGGUAUGGUGUUUGGAUUAAAAUUGAGCCUUUUAAUUUAGUCCUUUAACAGUUUAUAUUCCAUUUUGGAUUAUUGGCAUAAAGAUUGAUAGAACUAAGUCUGAUUGGUCUAAAGUAGACACAAAAGCACAACCUACUGUAUUGCUCCUUGUUUAGCUGCCUGUCUGAAAGUAUCAGUGUCAGCUGAACUCUGUGGAAAUAGCUGGGUUAUUUAUAACAGUUUACAAUUGUUCAGUGCUCAGUUCUUUCCAAUAUUAUCUGAGUAGGGCAGCUGUAACCCCUUGGAUUUUCACGCUCAUUACUGAAUCUUUUUCUUUGCACCUUUUCUGUCCAAGAGGAUGGGCAAUUUCCUGCCAGACUUUACCAAUGCUGCUCUCACAUUGACCUCUUGAAGGCAUACAUAACUCUGAAUGAAUAAUUUUUGCAUCCUAGUGGAGAAUUUUAAAGAAUCAUUUUGUUACAUCACUCUAUGGUGCCAAUUGAGAUCAUUACUUUUAAUGAAGGAAGUUCCCCAUUAUAGAUUAAUAAUUGUACAAUGAAGCAUGGGUAUAACAAAACCUUCUCUGUAGAGUUUGUCUAAGCCUUAUAGAAGUUGAUUAGCACACUUUGCCAAUGUUUACAUUAUGUGGCAACGGUGAUCAGUUAUUGUUUUAAAGUAGAGUGUAGUUGGCUGAUUUGGUGACUGAAUGAACUACCUGUGAUGCUUCCAAUAGAAACUUCAGAAUUACCUGGUGAGGUGUAUUUUCAUUAACUGUUUGAGGCCAUUACUGUGGAAGACUGGUUUACCAUUCGAACUGUUACAAUGUUAUGGUUUCGGGCCAAAUAUGAGUAGUGGGUAGGCAAUGCUCAGCUAGAGAAUUGAGAAUUUUCACCUCAACCAAAGGAUGAUAAAUUGUUGGAGAAAAUCUGCGUCUCAGUUAAAUUAAUUAACUGGUACUCAAACAGGCAGAUAUUUCAAAGUUUGGAAGUAUAGAAAUUCUUUAUCUUUUUACUGAAAAAUGGGAAGGGAAGCCAGGGAACUGAGAACAUCUGAAAACAGAAAUGAUGAUGAUUACAGAAAAGCCAUUCAAUCAAGCUUAUCUUUAUAAUACUUCACCAACUUAGCAUAUAAAGCAGCUGGGAUUCACCCCACAUCACAUUCCAUUCAGAUUCAAGUAAAUAAAGAAUAUGUCACCAUAUCACUGAUAAGACUGGCAGUUCACAGCAAACCUGUUCUUUUUAAAUUAUCUUGGAAACUUCUGCACUGUAACUUGUGUGCACACACAUGUAUAAACAUAUGAUGUCACAAAGUUUAUGACGCAAAUCUGUCAUGAUAGAUCCUAAAGCUCAGUUCAAUAACACCUGAAUGAAUAGUGCAGCCUCUUUCCUGGUGGUGGUUUGAGACUGGUCAAUAAUGAUGUUUUCACACAAUUACUCAUUAUAGUUGGUGAUUAAGCACUCACUAAUGAACAUGUGGGUUCAAUUUCCUGGAAUAUUUAUACUUUCACUUUGGAAUUUUCCUCACUUGACUUUUUGAAUAUGACGCCAGUUAAAACUAGAGUUAUAGUGUGUUUGUAUUUUACUAAUCGGGGAUGAUUUAACCAGAAAAAAAAACAGAAAUUUAAAUAGAAAAUCAAAAGGGAACAAUAAGAAGUCACUAAUCUUGCACAGUAGUAGGCAACCUUGCUCCUUUUUGUAAUUGUCUUUCCUGAAUACCUCUAGCCCUGCAACUGUCUACCUUAAUUUCUAAUGAAACACCUUAGCUUUUUCAAGAGAAUAACCAAGUUAACCAUAGUUGUGUGGGUUAAUCUUCAAUACUUUUAUCCAAAAAUACAAUCAAUGUCGCUGUAAAACAGCCGAGACUUUGCAGCAUUUCUUCAGUAUACAUGUUUUCCUGGAUCUAGGAUCAGUAGGAAGCAUUUUGCGCUAGAGAAGAUUUUACUGAAGUAUCAAGUAGUGGAAUAACUUUGUAUUCUUAAAACUUAAUGGUAAAGAGGUAAAGCAUUCUGUCUGAACAAAAUACGAAAGACCAAAUGUAUAACAAAACUAUACACCAGUAGUCAAAUGAUUGAGCAGUGUAUGAUCUGUUCAUGUUUAAACUGAGUGGAGGUCUGGAAAGUGUUGGUGAGAAUUGCUGUUCAUGGAGACCUGAAUCUUCAGCAUGGGUGGUUUCUUUUAAAAUCUUUUAUUUGGCAGUAUGAAGGAGAAAAAUUAUUAAUACUUACAAGAGGAACUUUAAGUCUUCACUCAAAAGGAAUGGGACUUCUUAUCUUCCAGCAGAAAGAAUAAAUGCUUAGUUGUCUGAUUAAAAUGCAUAGCAAGAUAGAAUUAGAGAGAGAUCAAUAUCAAGUUUGAAUAACUUGGAUAACUCAGAAGUAAAUAGAGUUAGUGAAGAUGGUUGGAUAAUUUCCUUCUUUCCCACCCUGCAGUGUACUCUGUCUUUUCUGGGGUCCCCUGGGGUAUAGUUAUGCAGAUAAUGUUGACUUUGGUAUCUCAUUCAAAUGCCUUUUCAUGCAUUGAUCAUCAAGACAGCAGACUUGACUCUUUCAAACUCUUUUAGUGGUACUCGCAACCGUCUCUGUCAGAUUUCAUUCAUGUUUGCUGCUGGAAAGAGUCACCAAAUAUCUAUUAGAAAUUAGAAAUCUGGUUACUCUCUCACUUGCUCAGGAGUUUAGGAGACACCAACUUAGCUGAUAUUAUUUAAAUAUGUGCAGUCCAGAAAUAAAACCUCUGACUUUCCUGAUUCUUGGCUCAGUUAAUUACUGAAUAAAGUCACUAGUAAGGAUAAUUUACUUGCAGUUGUUUGAAUGAAAAUAAACUGAUGAUCCAAUUUGCAUUAUAUUGUACCUCAAAUUGAAAGGUGAACAACGCAACUAAAGAAAGCAAGGAAUUUGAAGGUGAAGUAACUAAUUCUGUGAUAGGAAACAUACAUAUGUGCUGGGUUGGGAGUGGUAUAAUGGGUUAGGUAGAAGAAAAUACUGUUUUCUAAUGAGGUCCAAACAGUUUGUCUGUCUUAGUAGAUUUAAAUUUCCAUCUUUAUGCAGGACUUGCUCCAAUACCAUAGCAUUAUAGUUUUUGAAUGCACAGUGCAUUAAUUAAUCAUUUUGAUACUGUGUGGAUUUGGUGAGGAAACUAGCACAACAGGUACCAACCAUAGUGUUGGUGUUACACCAAUAUAACAUUGGAUGCAGUGAAAGAAAAGCUUUAUUGCUUCUCCAAUUCUGACUGUGCUUCAAAGAGCACCAGGGUGGGUGAUAUCAAUUCUGUUAACUGUCUGAAGUGGUCUUCUGAACACUGGAUUGAAAUGGCAUCCAAUUGUUCAAAACUAAGCCAAUUUAGCAUUUUCAAAAACUGAAAAAUGGAAACAACCUAUCCGAGUAUAUGCUAAUAUGACUCACAUUAUUGAAUGAUUUCAAGAAUAUUAAUUGUAAUUUGGCAACAAAAUUAUUGAUUUUUUUUCCAUUUUCCAGCAAUUUAAAUAUUUUGGAAAUCUUGUUUCUAAGAAAAUCAAAGAAAGCAAGGUUUUAACUCAGAUUAUUCAGGACUUAAUAAUAACUGGAAUAAAGGUAACGUAAAUGCUGGAAAUGUGGACUAUAAACCAAAAAUACUCAGCACAUCAGACACCAACUGUAGAGGGAGAAACAGUUAAUAUUUCACAACAAUGAAUGACUAUUUCAAGGACAUUGAAGGUAGAGAAUUGAGCUGUAAUUUCUGACCUGCAUUACUGUAUUAAGGAUUAUAAGAAGCUCAUUCAUAAUCAACAGCCUCCUGUUGAUGUGAUUGAUCUAAUUCCAUUUUAGGUAUUUCUCAGCAGUCAGUUGAGACAAAAGCUGUAACAAAAAAUCUCUACUGUAGUGGCUCAUUUACUGGGUUCUUGAUGCACAGGAUGACCUUUAUCUGUUUUGACAUCUAUUCAGAAAGCCUUGAUCUAUUUCCAACAGAAAUGAAUCCACAGCACAAAGCACAAGCUGAACAAGAAAAAAGCAAAUGAAUUUGAUUUUAAGUUGAACAAAAGGACCAAUUUGAGUUUUUGUUACAGUUCCAGCUGUGUUGUAGUUGAGAACGCCUGCUAUCCCUACCCUUAGGAGUAGAAUCUACAUGAGAAAAGCUUAUCUUGUGUCAAAGGAUGUGGUUUAAAUGAUUUCCCUGAAGUUUGUUCCAGACAGCCUCUUUAAGCUCUGUAAAUACAGGUUAUGGUAAGAUUAAAAACUAUUAUUAAUUUUUGUAUAAUUUAGUUUCAUAAGUAAUUUAAAAACUUAAUACUUAGCAUUGACCUAUCAUAUAUUUACAAAAAUAUCUAUUUUGUUGUG